AGCAAACAUUGUCGCCUAUAUAACGUGCUUCGCCCCCUGGAGACAUCAGUCCUACUGUGGGAGAGCGAGCUCAGCGACUGACACAAACAAAAUGGCCGCCAAAUUCGUUGUCUUCGUUGCUUUCUUGGCUCUGGCCAACGCCCGCAUGGUUCGCCGUGAGACCAGCCCUCUGGACGAAAUCCAGAGGCACGCAGCUGACUUCCAGAAGACCUUCACGGAACAGUUCAAUGCCCUCGUCAACAGCAAGAGCACCCAGGAGGUCACCAAGUCGCUUAAGGAGGGCUCAGACUCCGUGCUUGUUCAGCUCUCCUCCUUCUCAACCGCUCUGCAAGGCGCUGUCAAUGACGCGUCCGGUAAAGCCAAGGUAGCCUUGGAGCAGACCAAGCAGAGGAUCGACCAGACAGUGGCCGAGCUUCGCAGACAGCACCCUGAUGUGGAGCAGCAGGCGUCCCACCUUCGCGACAAGCUGCAACAGGCCAUCCAGAGCACCGUCCAGGAAUCCCAAAAUCUCGCCAAGGAGGUCCAGGCCAACGCCGAGGCCACCAACCAGAAGCUCGCCCCCCAGAUCAAGCAAGCCUAUGACGACUUCGUAAGGCAGGCUGAGGCCGUCCAAAAGAGGGUGCAAGAGGCCGUCAACAAGCAAUAAGAACCUGUAUUUUUUAAUAUAGAAUGUCAGUAUCA